CAAAUCUACUUUGUAUUUUGUGUGUCUUGUCACUGUUUUUGUUAAAUUCACAAAUUUUUCGUGUUUACACUCAACAUACCACAGAUAAUGUGAGCCAGAUCUCAACGGAGGAUAAAUACGGAACUCCUAGUUGCCGUUGCAAUGGCCCCGACAGCUCAGAGGCAAUGCCAGUUUGGUGUCUUUCGAAGGAGUGCAGGGACGUCCAGAUAUGGAGGGCAAAUAGAUUGCCAGUGGCAGCAGCAAAGGGAUCAGUACUCUAGUCAAUACAGUGACUCGUACAGCGAGCCGUACCAGCAGCAGUACCCGUCCGAAUAUUUAAGGCCGCACCAGGCGUUGUACGAGGAGCAGAACGCGCAUGGGUACCCGAGUCAGGAGGGCUACCGACAGAAAUUCAAGCAACAGUACCAGGAGUCGUGUCGGAUGGCAUCCCGGUUGGCGUACCAGAAGCAGUACCACGCGUCUUACCCGCAGCAGUACCAGAGUCAGUUUCAAGAACAGUAUCCGAAGCAGUACCGAGAACGGUUUAUGGGGCAGUACCGGGGCCAGCACCAGAGAUUGACUCAGUCCAGGUCGCAUGCAUUCGACAGGGAUAGAAGGAUGCAGCUUAGAAGCCAGAUACAUUUAUGGCCUCCAACUCGUCAGUAUGGUGGUGUGGGCCCCUCCAAUUUUAGCUGUAACCCUGUCGGUUUCCCGACAUGUGGCAAUAAAAUGGUGCCAGCAAAUAAUCAUCCAGGUUGCUGUCGUACACAGCGUUGCAGAUCUUGUGAGCGAAGCGAACCUCGCCGGGCUGGCAACGGAGCAACUUGCAGGCACCGUAGUGACUCCCGUUCACCGUCUUCUAAUAGGUCACGAUCUAAGCUACGGCGCGGUCAAUCCGUUGCUUCAGUGUGCAACGAAUCUUCAUGCAGACACCAUAAUCCAUGUCGUUCAAGUCAAAGGGAUCCUGAUUACGAUAGAACACCACAACCACGCUCGGCACGUCCCUCAAAUUCUCGCGAUGCUUCAUGCCAAUAUUCUGAAAGCCUGGAAAAUACUCACAUGCCGCCUGAUUCAUUGUCCAGACCUCGCUGUGGUUCUUAUAGCGAAGCACAGCAAAAACCUAGAUCGGCAUUACGUGCUCCAUUGCGAUGCGAGCCUGAUUGCUUUGGAUCACCAGAACAAAAAUGUUCGAAGCAACCACCAGCACAGCAUCAAUUUCCACCAUCAUCUUGCUGCGGUUCUUGCUUUUCGCAACAAGAAAAGCAACGAUCGAGGCAGAACUCGCCCAAACCUAUUCAGCCUCAACAAAAAGCUCGUGAUGAGUCAUGCUCGAGAAGGCGAUACGAAUCCUACGAAGCUCCUUCUGAACCGCGCAGGAAAUCAAAUAUCGAGCAUCGUAAACAAUCCCGUAGCGAUCCUUUCUGCGAACCUUGCUACGACCCUUACCAAGAGGACAAAUCCGCAGGAUGUUGGCAGCCUCGUAGUGAGCAUCGCAGUGAGCAUCGUCACGUGCCUAAAAAUGAGGCUCCACCCAAGGCCUCAAAGCAGCCUCGACCUCGCUGCGAAGGUUGCUACGAGCCCAGACCGCAACCCGAGGUACCUCGCAGUAAAUCCGAAUGCAGUUGCGGCUGUAAGACGUGUCCAGUAACUGACUCAAUGUACAGCUGUUGUUUGCCAGAAAAACCAUCGGAUUACGUGGAACACAAGCUGUUUACUCCCAUGGCACAUCGAAAUCCCUUGGUGGUUAGAUCUCAAGGAUGCCUAAGCGAAUGUCCCACCCAAGGUUUCGUUCAGAAGACAGAAAAGAGCAAAAAGCCCAGGCAGCAAUCUAAUUAUGACACUCAUGGCUUUCAACAGCAAACAUGUCCAGCCAAUCAGGGCAGACAGUCGCAGAAAUAUUAUGGACAGUCGAUGGGCAAUUCGAGCGCAGACUAUGCGGAGUUGCAAAAUAGAAGUGGCAGAUAUGUCAAGAAUCCCCUAACCGUUUCUAGCUGCAGUUGCAAUGUGCAACCGAGUAGCAUGUCACUAGGUCAUACCAAACGUGUGAAGGAACGCAAGGCCACACCUUAUUCUUCCUAUCAAACCUUCGAUGAGGCGCCGGUGCAAAGCCCUUGCCCAUGUGAUAAGCCUGCUCCACGGAAAGAAGUUGACCGCAGGCACACGUCUUUCUAUUUGGAUGAUUCCAAGGAGAUGCCCCACCGUUGUACGGGCAAUGGCUUGCCUGCGCUCAAUUGUCAAAACCCACGCAUGAAUUUUGUGCCUGCGAUGUGGUUCAAUGCAAGUAACUUGCCUGGGAAAACGCCAAUAAAUUUCUCUAAUGAAGGAUCCUACUCGGGACUAUCGCCUAUGACCUCGUCCUCCAUGCAGAAGUGUCGGCGCCAAGUGACUGCCAGAUCCUCUCAUCGUGGUACUGCACAUCAGGGUAACCUACAAUUGGCCAAGCAUCGGGGAAGCUUACCCAAGCGACGUCUAUCCGGCUGUGGCACUUCCCAUAUCAACAAAAAAUGCUUGUCUCUGCACAUCAAGAACCGACGCUGCUGUCCGAGCAAACUAUUCACGAGCUCAGGUUCAAAUAAGAAGCUACCACUUGUAACGAUAAGUAAUCUGCUGAAGACCCGACGCAUGCCCAAGGCCAAUCCCUGUGCACUUCGUUUCCCCAUUAAAGUCCAUAGGGUACCCGAUUGCACGGGCGUUAAAAUUAAGCAGCACAAGCAACGGUGUCGCGGCGGAAAGCUGUCACAGGCCGGCAAGAGCCCCCAAAGCGCAAGGAACGCAAAUUCAAGGCCUAGAGAGAAACAGAUGGGUGGCACUAGAGCCAUGCCGGCCUCCAGUCCCAAGCCCAGCCGACUGCAGACGACAGUUAGGAACGACAGAGCGCAAGGUCAAAGCCAAUCGCAAACGCCAGCACGAUUAACGCAGGAGACGGGAUAUUCCCGUGAACAGCACUCGCAGGCCGCAAUAAGGCCUAAGCCUCUAGCAGCACCACGACGCGAUCUGCCACAAAGGUAUCAGAUGCAGGCUCCAGACCAACCUGUUUCCAGACCUAUUCAAGUCACAGAGAACAUACCAGCAUCUGGAGGCACAAGAGCAUCGCGCCAACCAGCUAGGAAUGCACCACCUCCCGCGGGAGGGACACAGCCGAUGAUAAGGCUGGAAUCCACCGGAGUACCGGUAGAAAGGCGCGAGAUAGCUCCAAUCAAAAAUCAAAAUCAAAGUCGCGCGCCAGAACGGACGGAGGAACGGGCGCGGGAGCAGGUCCAAGAACGGGUGCAGGUUCGGGCACAGGAGCGGAAGCAGGAAGAGGCGCAGCAUAAAGCUGAGGAACGGAUCCAGGAUCGGGCACAGGAACGUGAAGCACCACGCAGUGAAGAAAACACACUACAGCGAGCGCGAAGGAAGAGCAGCGAGAAGCAAAUUACAACCCAGCGGCCUCAGUACCUGAGGGAUGGCCAAGUGCAGCAGCUGCCAGAGCCUGUGAUCCACUCGCACAGCAGGGAUGGCUGUAUGGGCACAAAUAUACAUCAUUUCUAUCGUGGCAGCUUUUUGGCCGUGCGCUCAACCCAAGUAACCGAUGAAGGGCCAAGCGACGUACCCGCCGGGUCUAGGAGACGGGGGUCACUUUUAACAGUCGCCACGAAUAUAAUGAGACCCCGGAUAAUGAAUAAAUCAGCGGCGAAAUGUUCGGCUUUUGUGGUGCCCAACAAAUGGCAGUGUAUGCAACAAUUGAACGGCUUAGUGGGUGGCAGUGCCAUUGUGGAAUUGCAAAAGGUCAAAGGAUUACACAUAAGCAGCAAGAGCGGCUGGUCCUGGCGCAAAGUGUUGCCCAGUUGGCUGGUCAAUGGCAAGGCAAAGGCAACUAGUGCAUAGCCAGCGCUGUCAGAAGGUGAAAAAAAAAAACAACAAAUACUCGAUGCGUUCCGAAAAUUUUCAAAUAUGACACGAUUUGGAUUCAAACAAAUUCUAA